AUGCAGUUCUCAACUAUUGCGCUUUUGGCGCUUUCCUGUGUCGCUCCGGUCUUGGGCGCACGCUCUCCUGGUUGUGGCAAGACACCAACCAUUCGCAAUGGUCAAUACACAACAACCGUGAACGGCAAACAAAGAGAAUAUAUUGUCCGCCUCCCUGACAACUAUGACCGCAACUUUGCGUACCGCCUUGUCUUUACCUUCCAUGCUCUUGGAGGAAACGCUCAACAGAUCGCCAACGGAGGGGGCGGUACCCUUGCCUGGUAUGGUCUUCCCCCCUUGAUGACAGGCAACAACAGUGCCAUCUUCAUCUCGCCCAACGGUCUCAACCAAGGUUGGGCCAACACCGGUGGCGAAGAUAUCACUUUUGUCGACAAUAUGGUGCGCACUAUCGAGAACGAUCUCUGCGUUGAGCAGUCUCUGCGCUUCGCCACCGGCUUCAGCUACGGUGGUGCCAUGUCCUACUCUUGGGCCUGCUCUCGUCCUGACCAGGUCCGAGCCAUCUCGGUUCUUUCCAGCGCUGUUCUCAGUGGCUGCAACGGAGGCACUCAGCCUGUGGCCUACUACCACCAGCACGGUACCCGCGACUCGGUCCUGAGCAUCUCCAUGGGCCGCCAAAUGCGUGACCGAUUUGUCCAAAACAACGGCUGCACCCCUCUCAAUCCCGAGCCUCAGCCCAACGGAGGCCGCUCCACCAAGACCGAGUACCGCAACUGUCUCCCUGGCAAGCCCGUUACCUGGGUUAUUUUUGACGGAGACCAUAACCCGUCUCAGCAAGACCAGGGAAGCAACACCCCCUUCGCCCCUGGCAACACAUGGGAGUUCUGGAGACAGUUCCAGGCCGAUGGGAGCAGCAACCCCAGCCCCGAACCUACCUCCAAUCCCGGCAAUCCCCAGACCACCUUGAUUACCACCUCUCGCGCUCCUGAGCCUACAACCGGACCGGCGCCAGGCCCUACUGCUCCUCGCUGGGGACAGUGCGGUGGGCAAGGGUGGAACGGUCCCACCGUCUGUGUCUCGGGAACCACUUGCACAAAGCUGAACGAUUACUAUCACCAAUGCCUUUAG